AUGAGUAAACCUUACUUUGUCUACAUCGUCAACCACUCUGGUGCGACCCAAAACUAUCUUUUCUUCAAUGCGCCACCUUAUUGUACCGACCCUUUUUAUACGCCAAACGUAAGGAAAACACUUCUCCCUGUUUGGCUCACCCAGCCUGGAGUUGCUCCCGGAGGCGACAAGGCAACAUUCCAGGCAAGCCCCGAAGGCUUUGCAGUCGCUGGCACUACUCCAGCGUCAAUUGUGUCAGGCCAGGUUGCUUCUGUCAGUAGUUCGAUGCCUGUGCCUCUAAACGGUGAUUUCCAGCACAUCACGACACAUGAUCUUGAGGUUGUCAAUGGCGUACCUCGAUUAAAUCUGUCAACCUUUGAUUUUCAUAAGGUGUAUUCGUUUUGUAUCCACAGUGGAGCAUUCAACGAGUCGGAAUAUCAUGUCUUUGCCGGCUUGGGCAAACACGACGACCAGAAUAAAGUCGUUCCUGCGGCUAUCUGGCAAGCCCAACCUGGUCAACGAUAUAUAAUCACGCCUCGUGAUAAGUACUUUGUGAGUAUAGGGAGCCACCAACAAGGAACAAUUCUUGGCGUAGAGAACUUGGGUUUGUUUAUCUCAAUCGACUUUCAAGACGCUCCAGAACGUGCAAAUGUCGCCACUAUUACUCACCAUGCCGAUGGGUCGUUUUCUGCCACACAGUGGAGCUUCGCUUAG